UGGGGACGACGUGAUUGAAUAUAACGCGACGAUGCCAAGGUUCGAAGGUUUGCUCUUCCUCCUCUAGUACUUUCCCCCGUCUUCCCCCCUUCCUUCGACCGUACCGUUCCUCCACAGCCCCCUCUCGUCCUUCAAUCAUGUCCACUCGUUGUCCCACGGGCAUCCCCACGCACUCGACGGAGAACAUCAAGGAGCAGAUCAAGGCCAUCUCGGUCGAGAUGGCGAUACUCGGCUUCCACGGCGCGCUGUUCCUCAUGUCUGCGUACUUGCUGGUCCAAAAAGGCCUCCGCACCUCCCUCGCGCGGCGCUGGCUCCUGCUCAUGACCACGCUCAUGUUCGCCAUCUCGAUCGCCUCCGUCGUGUGCGCGACGGAUUUCUAUGAGCGCUCGAUCGACAACUACUCCCUGGACGAUCUGCCCGUGGACAGGGCGUGGAUGCUGAGGGAGAGCCUGGCAAGUAAUUUCGGGCUGAGGAUCAAUCUCCUCCUGAGCGACAUCAUCGUCGUCUGGCGCGCGUGGGUGCUGUGGCCGGAUACUCUGUGGCCCCGCUUGAUUAUGGCGGUUGCGCUUUUUGGGUCGGUUGGAGGCGUCAUCGUCAGCUCCAUAUUCUUGUUUCUGGCCAAGCUUACGGACAUCGCCUUCCUCGACUGGCUGAACACGUCGCCGAUCCUGACCGUACCGCUGUUCUUCACGAACAUCGUCGCGUGCGUGAUGGUGGGGAUUAAGGUCUGGGACUACCGCCAGAAUGUGAAGGCGUACAUCGGCAACGCGGGAAAUCACGGCGCCAGCAUCGAGCGUACGCUGCUGCUUAUCCUCGAGUCUGGCGUCGUGUAUUGUGUACUUUGGCUCUUCCUCCUAUUGUCCGGUAUCGAGGUCCUCUCGGACGACUCGAAUACCGUGCUGCUGAGUGUGGCUGUGAGCGUUGCGGGCCUCUACCCAAUGAUCAUCAUCAUCCUUGUCGCGCUUGAGAAAUCGCACACGGACACCGUCUUUCACCCGUCGGCAGCCCCCUCGGUUUCGUACCCAUCUGAGCCGCUCGCAUUCAUAGCGACGAUGCCGAAUGGAUCAGUAUCCGUCAAGGACAACUUCGAUGAUAUCGCAAGCCAGUUGGCGCCGAGGCCGGGACGAGGCUCGAAGUCCGGCGCAGAGCUCACGUCGAAGUCGGACCCACCGUACCGUACCUCAACAUUCGUCUCGCGCUCGGUUGACUUGAACGACCCUCGCUUGGAUGGCUCGCACGACACUCGCUCGGUGCGCUCGACCGAUCCAAGGGGCUCGGCGAGCAGCGUGUCCAGUGCACAGCGACUGGCAUGAUGGAUGCUGGAUCAUGAUCAUGAACCUCGUGUCCUUCAUGCAAGACUGUACUACAUACUAGGGUAACUUAUUUGUUGGCGCGCC